AAAUUAUUAUUAUUAGGUUAAAAAGUAUGGAAAGUCUCACUAUCAAUCUUUAGGCCUCGCAUAUCCACACCCACACACUACAAAACCACCAACACUGUCCACACACGCUCUACUGCAGGCGAAGUCACGCCUCUCUCCAUGGUGCUGAAAGUUGAGUCCACCACGAACGAGUGCAGUCCAGGCAAGGCAGCCGCGGUCUGCAGGGGCGCGACUAACUUGACUGCCUGCCUGCCUGCCUGCCGAGCGUUUGAGUAACCACCCGCAAUCGCAACCCAUCCUUACCAUUGGUCCCGACAAUGGACCUACUUCCGGCCCAGGAGGCAGCGCGCAUUUACCACACCAACUAUGUGAGGAACUCACGGGCCAUCGGCGUCCUGUGGGCCGUGUUCACCAUGUGCUUCGUCAUCAUCACGGUGGUGGUGUUCAUCCAGCCUUUCUGGAUCGGCGAUAGCGUCAACACGCCGCAGGCGGGCUACUUUGGCCUCUUUCACUACUGCAUCGGCAACGCGCUCACCUCGGAGCUCAUCUGCAAGGGCAGCCUCCUAGACUUCGGCUCCAUCCCAUCACCGGCCUUCCGCACCGCCAUGUUCUUCGUGGCCGCGUCCAUGCUGCUGGUGGUGGCCACCACGGUGUGCUUCAGCCUCUUCUUCUUUUGCAACGCUGGCAGCGUCUACAAGAUUUGCGCCUGGAUGCAGCUGGCCUCUGCCGUUUUGAUGGUGAUGGGCUGCAUGAUCUAUCCCGACGGCUGGGAUGCCCCCGAGGUCAAGAGGAUGUGCGGCCAGCGGACGGAUAAGUACAGCCUGGGGAACUGCACGGUGCGCUGGGCCUACAUCUUGGCCAUCAUUAGCAUCCUGGACGCUCUCCUGCUGGCCUUUCUCUCCUUCACAUUGGGCAACCGGCAGGACAAACUGCUCCCGGAAGACUUUGAGGCGGAGGGUGCAGAAAACCCCUGAAGAGCCUGCAGUUUGAAGAUCUUAGACGUCACUGUGCAAGACAGAGGUUCCUUCAAUAGAACAAGGAAACUGAUGCAGUAUGCAACAUUUUUAUUCUAGGUUGAGUUUUUAAGUUUGAGUCCACACACACACAAAUGUACUUGUUGGCCACACAAUACAACCAAGCACAAACAUUUUCGGUCCAUUUAUUAAAACACAGCUACCCAGCUAAAUCACUUUGGCCAAGAUAUAAGAUUUGUUAGAAACUGUACAUAGUAACUAAUACUAUAUAUUUAUUCUUUGGUACAGAUAUUUACAACUAUUUUCACUUUUUUAUUUUUCCUCCUUUUCCAUGGGCAUUGUUUUUUUGUUUUGUGGCUUCCCGGUGCACACUAAUUUCGGAAUUGUGUCACUGUAGCACAACUGACUGCCAAUAAACUGACCAACUUUCUGAAUUUUACGAGAAAUAAUGCAUCUUUGCUCAACAAUCUAUGGCAGUGACAUUUAGUGAGAAAGAGAAUUGUUUAGUGGUGUGUGGUGAAUUUCACAUUAAUUAUAAAAUAUGUGCCUUGACUCAAUAUAGUUUGAGAAAUACCUUUCUAAAAGAACACCAGCGUCCUUUAAAAAAAAA